AUGAUGUCCAACGCAGGAAAUCAACGGACUUGCAGCAGCCACCGAGCGUUCAGCACGGUCAUCUUCAAAGUCGGUCGAGAUGACGAAACAGAAAGCUUUGAAGUAUCUAUGGACCUAAUAUCUGCGCGAUCAAAAACCAUCGCCAAGUCACUCUCUACUUCCUCCGCCUCGCCAAUUGAGCUUCUUAACGUCGACCCGUGUGUCUUCGCCUUGUACAUACAACUCAUCAACACUGGCUGCAUACCCAGUGGUCUGGCUUUUUCUAAAGAAACAAGCGAGUCAGGUAUCCUCUGCAAGCUAUUCGCUCUGGGUGCUCAUCUCAAAGACUCAACGACCCAAAAUGCCGCCCUAGAAGCUCUCCAGGCAGCGUCCGAGAACAUCACUACCAUGGACGGCAGCAGUUUCCUCUCUUCGACAGAUGUAUCCAAGAUCUACAGUGUCACGACGCCGGAACAUCUUGCGAGGGAGCUCGUGGUGGAUAUGUACUUGCUCAAAGCGUCGAAGGAGGUAGUGUCGAGCUUGGCGGAGCUGCUGCCGAAAGACUUCCUGGUGGACUUUUACGCGAAGACGGCACAGGUGGAGGCUGAGGGGAUGAUGCGGGUGGCUGUGCCUCCUCACAUGCCGGGGUCUGGGACGGAGGAGGGUGAUGAGCGACAGUGGUUCUUCUUUGGAUAAGGUACUGUUGGGCACGCACUUGAGAAGAUGGUCUCAUGACCCAAUCAUGCUGGGGAAGGUUGAGAGAGAUGUCAUUUGGGUGUGCUUCAUGGUGUAUUCACUGCCGAACAUGGGAAUAGGACAAUUUGUUUCUGGUGAAACGUGAUCUCUAGGAGUGUCGAGCGCGUACCGGCUGUCAAAUCCACCGAACAGUCAAAUCAAAAGCUGCAUUGAACGAAGCUUGCCAUU